UCGGGUCACUUCCGCCCCUACUCAAAGAUGGCGUCUCGAAAUGCAAAGGACGGCGUGAAUGAAGCGCGAGCUGGGAAAAAGUUAAAAAACGACAAAAAACAAACGGAUGAAGCCGAUCUCCUGACUGUCCCCGAUGGCUGGAAAGAGGAGCCCUUUACCAAAGACGACAACCCGCGCGGUAUGUUGGAGGAGAGCAGCUUCGCCACCCUAUUCCCAAAAUACCGAGAGUCCUACUUGAAAGAUUGCUGGCCGCUGGUGGAGAAGGCUUUGGGAGAAACUUAUAUAAAAGCCUCCCUGGACCUGAUUGAGGGCAGCAUGACCGUCUGCACCACAAGGAAAACCUUUGACCCGUACGCCAUCAUCAGAGCCAGGGAUCUCAUCAAGUUGCUUGCCAGGAGCGUUCCAUUUGAACACGCUGUACGGAUAUUACAAGACGACGUGGCGUGUGACAUCAUCAAAGUAGGGACCCUGGUGAGGAACACAGAGCGAUUUGUGAAGCGAAGACAGCGUCUUAUCGGCCCGAAAGGUUCCACCUUAAAAGCUUUGGAACUGCUGACCAACUGCUACGUGAUGGUUCAGGGCAACACUGUGUCCGCCCUGGGACCCUACAACGGCCUGAAGGAGGUGCGCAAAGUUGUCACGGACACGAUGAAAAACAUCCACCCCAUCUACAACAUCAAGACGCUGAUGAUCAAACGGGAACUGUCCAAAGACCCCGAGCUCCGCUUGCAGAACUGGGAGCGCUUCCUGCCCAAGUUCCGACACAAGAAUCUGGCCAAGCGCAAGGAGCCCAAGAAGAAGAGUGUGAAGAAAGAGUACACUCCCUUCCCGCCACAACAGCCGGACAGCCAGAUUGACAAGGAACUGGCCACGGGUGAAUUCUUCCUGCGAGAAAGCGUUAAAAAGAGGAAGAGGAUGGAAGAGAUAAAGGUGAAGCAAGCCGAGGCGCUGACCAAGAAGCAGGAGCAGAGGAACAAAGCUUUUAUUCCUCCUAAAGAGAAACCCUUACUGAAGAAGACGAAAGCUCCUGUGGAAAGCAAGCUGGACAUUGACGCCAUUAAGGAGAAAGUAAAAAAGGCCAAAAGCAAGAAGCUGGGAGCCCCUCCAGUGAACCCAGCGCCUCCCGCCGCCUGCACCACAAACAAAAAGAAAAAAACGAAGAGCAAAAGCUGAGCAGCACACGAAGAACUCUCGUCAUUUGUUUUUUGUGACAUGGUAGUUGUUGGAGACUUGGAGAGAAAGUGAAACGUUCCACACCCAUUCUGUGAGGAAUUUAUCACAUCUCAAUCUGACUCUGUAAAUUCUCUAUCAUUGUGCAGAUUUGCUCUGGUCAGUAUUUAUAGUUAAGAUCUAUUUCUCUGCUCUGUGAUGUGUUGGAGCACUUUUCUGGAAUAAAAAAUAAAGCUUUCGUUUAGAUUUG